CUUAUUAUUUGUUACUUACUUACUUUCUUUCUUUCCAUAUCUCUUUGUAACCCAUAUAGCUUGAUGGAAGGUUUAGAAGAGGAGAGUCUUUUAAGUUUUGGGCUUGCAAUCAUCAUCGAUUCUGGUCGAGAGAGAAAGUUGAAAAGAAAGAGAAGGGAGAGUUUCAAGUCACUGGAUACAAAUGGAGUCUAUGAAGGAAAAAUGUUUAGCCUUUUAGAGACACGAGAAAUGAUGUUGAAAAGAGGAAACAGUAGAAGAGAAGCUAUCGCGGGGGAAGAUGGAAAAGGGCUUCAUUUGAUCCAUUUGUUGCUCGUGUCCGCUACGUCCCUUGAAGAAAACAAACUCGACACAACUAUGGAGAAUCUAAUUGAAUUGUAUGAAAAUGUAUCUUUAAAUGGUGACUCCGUGCAAAGGGUGGCGGCUUAUUUUGCUGACGGGUUAGUGGCAAGGCUUCUCACACAUCGAUCACCCUUUCACGAGAUGAUAAUGAAGGAACCAACACCCGAAGAUGAGCUCUUGGCCUACAUCGAACUCUACAAAGUUUCUCCAUAUUACCAGUUUGCUCAUUUUACCGCCAACCAAAUGAUCAUUGAAGCAUUCGAAAGGGAAGAAAGUGAUAAUAAUAGAGCAUUGCACGUGGUUGACUUAGAUGUAGGCUACGGUUUCCAGUGGCCUUCCCUGAUGCAGUCGCUUUCAGACAAGGCAACUACUGGAAACCGUGUGUCUCUUCGAGUAACAGGGUUUGGUAAAACAUUAGAGGAACUCAAAGAAAUAGAGGCAAGGCUAAUUGGUUUUGCCAAAACCUUUAGGAACCUAAGCUUUGAGUUCGAAGGAAUGCUCAUAUCAAAUUCUGGACUGAAAUCAAUACGGAAGAGAAAGAAUGAGACGCUAGUCGUAAACAUGGUGUUUUAUUUAAAUUCCUUGUGCGCCUGCAAACGUAUAUCCGAUUUGUUAAAAUCGGUAUACAUGUUGAACCCAUCUAUGGUAGUUUUGAUUGAACAAGAAGGCAACCGUAGCUCAACAACAUUCCUGUCGAGAUUCAUCGAGUUGUUGCAUUACUACGCAGCCAUGUUUGAUUCACUAGAUGACUUUCUUCCCCUAGAUAGUCUACAAAGGCUACAGAUUGAAAAAAAUCAUCUUGGUAAAGAGAUAAAGCGACUAAUGGACUUUGAUAACGAUGAGGGCACUUCACCGCACUUGGAAACAUGGAAAGGAAGGAUGGAAAGUCAUGGACUUGAAGGGAUGAGUCUAAGUUCAAAGUCGAUUACUCAAGCAAAGCUCCUGUUGAAAAUCAAAGCUCCUGUUCAGUUUGGUGGUGAAAAUGGAGGGUUUACUGCGUUUGAAAGAGAACAAGGCAACGCCAUUUCUCUGGCUUGGCAAGACAAAUGUCUCAUUACAGCAUCUGCAUGGCAAUGCGCAGGAGGAAGAAGAAGAAGGUAAUCGCCAACCUGAUCUGCCUUGUAGUUUGUGUUUUUUUGGUACAAGUAUACUGUAAAUUAAUAUAUAUCAUAUGGGUGUCGAGUGUGUAUGUAAUCAAGAAUCUUCAUGUUUCGCUCAAAAAGGAUUUUCCAUUAGUGGCCCAUUUUUA